UUUAAUAACUCUACGUAAAACAAAUUGCAACAUCCCUCCGUUCCCCUCGUCUGUCCACUAAAACCCCAACGUACACGUUAAGUCUCUGUUCACGAGUUGUUCUUGCUCUGGAGAAACCUCAAUGUAGAAGCCAAACGUGUUGUCUGAAGGAUAUAAAAGUGUGACGGGGAAGUAUGAGGAUCACACAAGCGCAAGCACCACCACUCCUUCACAGGCAUGAGAUCUGUUAUGCAAUAGCACAUGUUUGUUGACCCGUUGCUGAGGUGGAGCUUAUCACAGGUUUUAAAGGAAGGAGAAAGAAAACGACAGGGAGUGGAAUCUCCAGCUGAGACUGCACAGAGCUCUCUGCCACGGACUAGAGGGUCAAAAGCCAGCAGUGAUAAUGGCUGUCACGUACAGAAACUACAAACCUUAUCAGAAGAGGAACUGAGACUGUGUCUGCCUUGGAACCAGACAGAAACAUGACUGUCAUGUUUUUAAGGUCAUGACCACCACGGAGCAGUCAAACAUGGGGUACUCCAAGAGGCGGUGGUUUUUAACCCUUGGCGGACUUUUCCUGUACGUAGGGGACAUAUGCACAGACACUGCCCUGGCUUUAAGAUAUUUUCAUGAAAUGAACUAUGUUUGGAGUGGAAUGACUGCACUGUUUAUAAUCACUGGGCUGAUCGUAAACCAGAUCUUCAGUUAUUUCUGGUUCCUAGACGACAUGUCAGAUGAAAGAGAACGAGUUACGGUCAACAACUCAAAGGGACGGUUCUUAGUCCUGCAUAUAUUUGGGAUGGGAAUCUUCCUCAGGUAUUACCAUCUGCUUAAACAAGGAUACAGGGCAAUCUGGAAAGCACCAGAUUCAAACAAUUCAGAACCUCAGGAAAGGCACCAUAAACUGUUUUGCAUGGCUGCUGAUCUGAGCAUGUUGAAACUGUUCGAGUCUUUCCUGGAGAGUGCUCCCCAGCUUCUUUUACAGCUUUACAUACGCCAAGGCCACGAUGAGUCCUCCGUCUUCCAGUAUCUGUCUCUGGUCUUCUCUGUCUUCAAUCUGGCCUGGUCCUUGGUGGACUAUCGUUCCUUGCUGCGCAGAUCUCUUCCCCACAUCCGACAAUUGCCCUCAGGCCUCCCCACAGUGGUCUACCUCCUUUACAAACUCUUCACCAUCACCAGUCUCCUUCUCAGCUAUAGUCUCCUCCUCAUCCUGAGUGUCUACAGCACAAUAGGCUUCACCAUAAUCUGGAUGGCGGGAACAAUAUGGGCUCACCUGCUUCAAACCAACUUCUGCACAUCUGGUCUGCUUGAACUGCUCUACCGGGCGGUUAUAGGAGUCAUCCUAGUUUUUAGCUUUUUCAAUAUAAAAGGACAAAACACCAAAAGAGAAAUGAUCAUCUAUUACUCUUUUAGCACUGCUAUAAAUUUCUCUACUCCAUUAAUGUUUUUCAUUUUGAAGCCAGAGUUGGUGGCAAUCAAAUUGUUCUGGACGGUUUCUGGUUUGAUCUAUGGUGGUUCGUUGUUGGGGCUGGUGUUUCUGGUGUCAUAUUAUCGUUUUCUGCACCCUAAACGGCUUGAGGAAGAUGAGGUGGACGGACUGGAACCGGAAACACCAUCAUCAAGGAGGAUAAAGGCAUUUAUAAAUCCUUGACUUAGGUGUUUCAAGCCAUUUCUUGAAGCAGCAUAAUGGUGGUGGCAGCAUUAUUUCCAUCUCAGCAUUAUUUCCACCUCAAAAACAAAGUAGCGAAAGAAAAGUCUCCAGCUUCAAACUAAGUUCAUAAAGUGAGGAUUUUUACAGUGAUUUAUCUAGAAGGUCAGAAGAAAUUUUGUCUAAGUUCAAUCGCUCUUUUUGUAACACCACAGUGAAAAAAUGACUACUUGUGACAACAGCUGAAACGGAUGAUACAAAAUUCUGGCAGAAUUCUGUUGUAAUUUUUUCUCUGCUCCUGACUAUCAUUAUUAAACUUAUGUACAUGGUUGAGUCAGCACAUUCCUUAAAAAAAACUAUGUCAACAGAAUAGUCUACCUCACCUUCGCCAACAAUGCAGCAAUUAUGCAAGUCUCACUUUUCUCCACAUAUUAAGUGUGUGUUUACUUGAGUGUGUUUAACAACAUUGCAGUAAUGUGGCAAAACAUUAAUCUGAGGACACCAUCUGUCAUGGCACUAGAGUUCAAUAAGUCAGAUAGUUUCCACAACAUGUUUGGUCAUUCAAAGUGACUUCAAGUCAAUGUUACAAAAGGGGUGAAUAUAAAGUCAGUUUAAUACUGACAUUCUAUCAGGCUGCAGCCCCAGUUGCUGUAAAAGAUGACCUAAACAACAGCUGAGGUCGCCUUGAUGCUUUACCUCUUAAUUCUGCUAUGGAGCUAUCUGUAGUAGCUCACCCACAUUUCCAACAUAAAAGACUUUUAUAACGAGAGCUCUUAUUCCUUCCUAAUUAUAUUUUGCCAAUACCCCAACACACACCAAUUCACCAUAUUUCUUUUAAAAAUCUUUUUGAACAAGGUGAACACUGAGAAUUCAGAUGACUCAUCAUCAUUCAAUAUAAUAUUCUUUUCCUGAUUUUUAGAAAGCCAAAAGGCUUUGGGUGGCAAAACGUGCUUUUAAAAUUGCUUAUCUGCUUUGAAAAACAAUGGAAAGGCAGAAUGUGCUAUAUUUAUGUUUGACGUGUUAAAUAUUUAUAGGUUUUUAUGGUGCUAAAAUAUGAUCAUAUGUGCCAUUUAUUUUAUCGUCAAUAAUGCAUUGUUAAUUACUGUCAUCCAAAGUCAGAUGUGUCUCAUGGUUUCUAUUUCUGAUGGGUAAGACAUUUCAGGAUGUAUGGGUAAAAUAAAUGCUUUAUAAUUUGCUUUAUAAAA